AUGGACACGCCUGGUUCGCCAACGCCCUCAAACACAUCUCUAUCGUCGAUCAACGAUGAAAACGAUAUUAACUUUGAGACUGAAAUACUCCAAUCUCUCGCACUCGGUGAGUUGGCGGGUGCGCAAAUGACCCCUAAAGGUGGCGCAAGGAAUUCAAUUUCAUUAUCUAUGGCAUCAGCUCCAGCCACUGAACCACUGGAGAAUCCAAAUGGUCCAAUCAGCAAACUCCCACUCGAGAUACUCAUACACAUCUUACGUCUGCUCAACAACCCAACGCACCUCCUCAACAAUUUACUCGUUUGUAGGACUUGGUGUGCCUGUGGAAUCGAGAUUCUCUGGCAUCGCCCUUCCUUCCCUGCCGCGACUCCUUAUGUCAAGUUCGCGCACAUAAUCGGUGGGCUGUAUUCCAACGCGCCUACUUUUCAAUACUCAAACUACGUCAAGCGUCUCAAUUUUUCUAAUAUUCACAAUUGGAUUACUGAUCCUUACUUCCUCCCUGUGGCAAAGUGUCUCCGUCUCGAACGGCUGACGUUGACCGGUUGCAAGAGUCUUAGUGAUAGUAGCCUGGAAUUCGUUCUCGAGAACUGCAAAAACAUACUGGCUUUGGAUUUAUCUGGUAUAAACAAAAUGUCAGACAAGACACUCAAGGUUAUUGCCAAUAACUGCAAGAAGCUUCAAGGAAUGAAUUUGACAGACUGCGAGAGUAUUUCUGACGAAGGCGUUGUUGAGCUUGCUAGAGGUUGUCAGCAUAUGAGAAGGUUGAAAUUGUGCAAUCUGAGGCAGAUAUCUGAUAUCACCGUUAUAGCUAUAGCUGAGAAUUGUCCAGAUUUGCUAGAGGUAGACUUCACAAAGUGCUCCAUCUCAUCCUCCUCUGUCAGUUUAUUUUGGAAGAAUGGCAUUGGGGCACGUGAAUUCAGAUUAGGACAGUGUGCCUUUAUAGAUGACUCAGCAUUCCCUUCACCCUCUACAACAUCAAACAUUCCUCAUCACUACACACUAAUCACCCAGCCACAAGUAAAACACUUUGAAGUCCUCCGUCAUCUCGAUCUAACGAGCUGCACAUCGAUAACCGACGAAGCGAUAAAAGGAAUCAUAGCGCAUGCGCCCAAAGUGCGAAAUUUAGUUCUAGCGAAAUGUUCCAAUCUCACCGACGUUGCGAUCAAAAACAUAUCAAAAUUAGGAAAAGCUCUUCAUUCAUUACACCUUGGACACGUAACGGCGAUUACCGACGAGAGUAUUAUAGUACUUGCUAGGAUGUGCACGCGUAUCAGAUAUAUAGAUCUGGCAUGCUGUCCCAACUUGACGGACAAUUCUAUCACAGAACUGGCCAGAAACAUGCCGAAAUUGAAGCGUAUUGGAUUGGUGAGAGUGACAAAUCUAACGGACAUUUCCAUUAUAGCGCUCUGCGAUCACUAUACGCAGCUCGAGAGGAUACAUUUAUCUUAUUGCGAGAAGAUCACAGUAGAUGCCGUACACCAUCUCGUAGCCAGGCUCCAAAAGCUGACGCAUCUCUCGCUCAGCGGUAUACCAGAUUUUAGGAGGCCUGAGUUGCAGAGGUUCUGUCGAGCGCCACCAAAGGAAUUCAGCGAGCACCAACGUCAAGUAUUCUGUGUAUUCAGCGGUAAAGGGAUACACGACUUAAGAGCAUACAUGCAGGAGGAGUACAUGAGAGCUCGAAGAAGCCUGUUUGAGGACAUACCACCAUUCCAGAAUGCGAGCGAGGGCGGAAGCGAGGCGAGCUCAAGCCCGGCAAGAACAAGACCUAACAGAAUGUUAGAGGCUCUGGGUCUGAGCAGCUCAGAUACGCAGCAGCUUGGCCUAUCCAACGCUGAACUACGCCAGUUGGCGCUGUCUAACUUUGAGCAGCACAAUCGGUAG